AGUGAGGGUGAAUUGGGACACAGCCCCAGAAUGUUGACUGCACUUGAGGGGAGUGCAGGUGUGUCUCUGUUUGAUGUUGCAUUAGCACACUGCUUUGCUAGUUUAGCUCAGUGUUAGCUAAUGGCUGGGCUCGGAUCAACACUUAGCCUGUUAACUUUAAGCACUCGUUCCUCAGGUAAAGAGUGGAGUUCUUCUUCUUCUUCCUGUCAGGGCUGCAGUUAGCCUGUGAGCUAGCCUGCUAAUGAUGGGAGUGGUGACUUGUUAGCUUUAUGCUAGUUUAGUUAUUAUUUGUGUUUACUUGGCUAUGUUUUGAACCUGUGAGUAAACUGUUAGCUCUGGAUUUAGCCAGCACUGUGUUGGGUUUAAGUGUUUUAAUGUCUUUUUGUGAGGCAGGUAAUGGUCCACUGAAAUAACUUUAGGAUUUCAAGCUGAAAAUCUAAACCUUAUUGAGGUUGCUAGCAGCAGGAACACUGUGCUGAUCUUUCCCUCAGGAGUGAGACUGCAGCACCUCCACCAUCUCACGGGCAGGGUUCACCUGGACAGAAAGUGGAAGAUUUACACACACACACACUCAGCCGUGUAAUUUAAACCAAACCUGUAUUUUACCUGUAGCUAUCAUCUCGAUCAUCUUUAACCUUCACCUGUAUGAGCUUGGCUACAAGUGCAGGCUGUGCUUUCCCUGUGCUGUUUCACCUGUAGCUUUUGUCUCCGUGAUGUGUACAGAUGUUGAGUCCCGAUGUCUGAUCCCGACCUCAGGACGCAGUCCGACUCUGGUGUGAGCAGCGCGUCAGAUUUUGUGUUUUCGUGUCAUUGCUGUUACGACGUGUUGGUGAACCCGACCACGCUGACGUGCGGCCACAGCUUCUGCCGUCACUGCCUCGCCCAGUGGUGGGAGUCAUCACGCCGCACCGAGUGUCCUGAGUGCAGGGAGCCGUGGCACGGUUUUCCCAAAGUCAACAUCCUGCUCAGGUUCACCACACGGUCACCAUCUCACACUCCUCAUGUUCACCAUGUUUAUCAUGUCUAUCAUUACCAUGCCGUGUGUGUGUGUGUGUGUGUGUGUGUGUGUGUGUGUAGGGAUGCUGUAGAGAAGCUUCACGAGGCUGAUGUGAGGAGGAGGCAUGAGGAGAUCCAGAGUAGCGUCCGGAUCUCUCGCUCACUGUUGGCAUUCCAGCGUUUUGGAGAUGAACAGGCCAAUCACAGAUCUGCAGCAAGAAGACCAGGGAGCUUCUGCUUUGGAGUUUUCCUCACACUUGGCUGUGUUACGGUGAUGUUGCUGAUGUACCGCUGGUCCAGUGGAGGAAUUCACCAUCUCGACUUGGUCAAUAAACCAAUCAGCAGGUGGACGGUUGAUGAUGUCACACUGUGGAUGGAGCAACUGGGGUCCUGGACCAAUCAGUACAGAGAAAUAUUUUCUAGGGAGCAGGUCAAUGGCAGGUUGUUGAACAUGCUGGGUAAUGAUGAAUUGCUUGGUACGCCGUUCUUCAUGGAGAACCCCGCACACAGACGGGCCAUCCUGCAGGAGCUCCAGAGAGUCCAGGCCCUUGGGGUCAAACCUCCACGUGACCUCUGGGAGUACAAGGUGGCGAACGAAGGGAAGUCUCUGUUCCUGGUCUAUGGUCUGAAGGACUCUCCCCGCCUCACCCUCCUCCUCCUCUACCUGUUUGACUACGGUGCUUCCUUCCUCCCGCUCGUACACACCUGCUGUUCGACACACAGCGAGCAGAACGAGCUGACGGACUGGGUGGGGCCGAGCCUGUGGCAGUGGGCGUGGUUUGUUGCGAAGUGGUUGGUCUUGCCGUACCAGCUGCUGGUGGAGUUUGCGUUUGAUUGGCUGAGCGUGCACUACUGGACGUCUCGAAUUGUCAUCGUGAACGCCGUACUGCUGUCCUUACGGGAGGGGCACGCGAUGUGGAGUGUGUGGAGACGAGGAGAGCUCAGGAUGCUCCAGCACCAUGUGUUUGCUCAUGUGUGGAGGAUGGGGAUCCACAGCGUGCUCUUCCUGCUCCUCUGGACUCUGCUCCCUCAGUGUGUGUGGAACGGCCUGUUCUACUGGGGGCUCUACUGCAGCCCCGCCUUUAACACACACACCAUACUACAGAAGCUCCUGCGCCGCACACACACACACCGAGCAUGACGCACAAACACACACUCGAGAUUGCGUCAAAGACCGACCUGUUUUCUGAACAGUCAGUGAGAUGAAAUCGCCAUCUCCACCAGCCAGUCACAAACCAGCAAGAGAUGGAGGCGGAGCCAUGUGGACUUUUUUCCACUUAUUCUACAGACGUGUGUGAACACAAAACAGCUCGAAGAUUCAGAAUUAAUAAAAAUAACUUCUGUGUGAUUUUGUGAUGUCUCUGUGUAUAUCUGUCUGUCUCUCUCUCUCUCUGUCUCUCUCUCUCUCUCUCUCUGUCUCGCGCACAUUUAGUGUUUGUAAUGUGAAUGAUCUGGUGAUUUUAUUUCUGUUGAAUUCUUCUGGUGUGUGUGUGUUUUUGUUAAUUAUUUCUGAAACUUUUUUUUUAAUUAAUCUUAUUUUAUUUUUGAUAUGAUUUAUUUGUUUUUGAGCAGAAUUUGUAAAUAAAUUCUAAAAAUAAAUUUA